GAGAGUUUGGUGCCCCGGAGCGGGGUGUCGGCGCUUCGUUCGGGUGGAGCUGUGCGGGAGACAGGCUGUUGUGAGAAACUUCAGAACUCCAGUAUGUUUCACUUAAGGACUUGUGCUGUUAAGUUGAGGCCGUUGACGGCUUCCCAGACUGUUAAGACAUUUUCGCAAAACAGACCAGCAGCAGCUAGGACGUUUCGGCAGAUUCGGUGCUAUUCUGCCCCCGUUGCUGCAGAGCCCUUCCUCAGUGGAACUAGUUCAAACUAUGUGGAGGAAAUGUACUAUGCCUGGUUGGAAAACCCAAAAAGUGUACACAAGUCAUGGGACAUUUUCUUCCGAAACACCAAUGCUGGAGCACCCCCGGGCACCGCCUACCAGAGCCCACUCCCUUUGAGCCCGCGUUCCCUGUCUGCUGUAGCCGGAGCACAGACACUGGUGCAUGCCCAGCCCAACGUGGAUAAGCUGGUGGAGGAUCACCUGGCAGUGCAGUCUCUCAUCAGGGCCUACCAGAUACGAGGGCACCAUGUAGCACAGCUGGACCCCCUGGGAAUUUUGGAUGCCGAUCUGGACUCCUCCGUGCCCGCUGACAUUAUCUCAUCCACAGACAAACUUGAUCUUGCAGUUUUCAAGGAACGACUUCGAAUGCUAACAGUAGGAGGGUUCUAUGGCCUAGAUGAGUCUGACCUGGACAAGGUCUUCCACCUACCUACCACCACAUUCAUAGGAGGGCAAGAGUCUGCACUUCCUUUGCGGGAGAUCAUCCGACGACUAGAGAUGGCCUACUGUCAGCAUAUUGGCGUGGAGUUCAUGUUCAUCAAUGACCUGGAGCAGUGCCAGUGGAUUCGGCAGAAAUUUGAGACCCCUGGGAUCAUGCAGUUCACAAAUGAGGAGAAGCGGACCCUACUGGCCAGACUUGUGCGCUCCACCAGGUUUGAGGAGUUUCUGCAGCGCAAGUGGUCAUCAGAGAAGCGUUUUGGCUUAGAAGGCUGUGAGGUGCUAAUCCCUGCCCUCAAGACGAUCAUCGACAAGUCGAGUGAGAAUGGAGUAGACUAUGUGAUCAUGGGAAUGCCACACAGGGGGCGGCUGAACGUGCUUGCAAAUGUAAUCAGGAAGGAGUUGGAACAGAUUUUCUGUCAGUUCGAUUCAAAGCUGGAAGCAGCUGAUGAGGGUUCUGGAGACGUGAAGUACCACCUGGGCAUGUAUCACCGGCGAAUCAACCGUGUGACAGACAGGAACAUCACCCUGUCACUAGUGGCAAACCCUUCCCACCUCGAGGCCGCCGACCCCGUAGUGAUGGGCAAGACCAAAGCUGAGCAGUUUUACUGUGGGGACACCGAGGGGAAGAAGGUCAUGUCCAUCCUUCUGCAUGGAGAUGCUGCAUUUGCUGGUCAGGGCAUCGUGUACGAGACUUUCCACCUGAGUGACCUCCCAUCCUAUACAACUCACGGCACCGUCCAUGUGGUUGUCAACAACCAGAUUGGCUUCACCACGGACCCUCGCAUGGCCCGCUCCUCUCCAUACCCCACCGAUGUAGCUCGAGUCGUGAAUGCCCCCAUUUUCCACGUGAACUCAGAUGACCCAGAAGCUGUCAUGUACGUGUGCAAGGUGGCGGCUGAGUGGAGGAACACCUUCCACAAGGAUGUGGUCGUGGACCUGGUGUGUUACCGACGCAACGGCCACAAUGAAAUGGAUGAGCCCAUGUUCACGCAGCCGCUCAUGUACAAGCAGAUUCGCAAGCAGAAGCCAGUGCUGCAGAAGUAUGCAGAGCUGCUGGUAUCUCAGGGCGUGGUCAACCAGCCGGAGUAUGAGGAGGAGAUCUCCAAGUAUGACAAGAUUUGCGAGGAAGCCUUCACCAGAUCCAAGGAUGAGAAGAUCUUGCACAUCAAGCACUGGCUGGACUCCCCCUGGCCUGGCUUUUUCACCCUGGAUGGGCAGCCCCGGAGCAUGUCCUGCCCCUCCACGGGUCUGACGGAAGAUAUUCUGACACACAUUGGGAACGUGGCCAGCUCCGUCCCUGUGGAGAACUUCACCAUUCAUGGAGGGCUGAGCCGGAUCUUGAAGACCCGAGGAGAGCUGGUGAAGAACAGGACGGUGGAUUGGGCUCUGGCAGAGUACAUGGCUUUCGGCUCCCUUCUGAAAGAGGGCAUCCACAUCCGGCUGAGCGGUCAGGAUGUAGAGCGGGGCACUUUCAGCCACCGCCACCAUGUGCUGCAUGACCAGAACGUGGACAAGAGAACCUGCAUCCCCAUGAACCAUCUUUGGCCCAACCAGGCCCCCUACACUGUGUGCAACAGCUCACUGUCUGAGUACGGGGUCCUAGGCUUUGAGCUGGGUUUCGCCAUGGCCAGUCCCAAUGCCCUGGUCCUGUGGGAGGCGCAGUUUGGUGACUUCCACAACACUGCCCAGUGCAUCAUUGACCAGUUCAUCUGCCCGGGACAGGCCAAGUGGGUGCGGCAGAAUGGUAUCGUGCUGCUGCUGCCCCACGGCAUGGAGGGCAUGGGCCCCGAGCACUCCUCUGCCAGGCCUGAGCGCUUCCUGCAGAUGUGCAAUGAUGACCCGGAUGUCUUGCCGGACCUAGCAGAAGCCAACUUUGACAUAAACCAGCUCUAUGAUUGCAACUGGGUGGUUGUCAACUGCUCCUCCCCUGGCAACUUCUUCCAUGUGCUGCGCCGCCAGAUUCUCCUGCCCUUCCGGAAGCCGUUAAUCAUCUUUACCCCUAAAUCCCUGCUGCGGCAUCCUGAGGCCAGAACCAGUUUUGAUGAGAUGCUUCCAGGAACCCACUUCCAGCGGGUGAUCCCAGAAGAUGGUCCGGCAGCUCAGAACCCCGAAAAUGUCAAGAGACUUCUCUUCUGUACUGGCAAGGUGUAUUAUGACCUCACCCGAGAGCGCAAAGCACGGGGCAUGGUGGAGCAGGUGGCCAUCACAAGGAUUGAGCAGCUGUCCCCAUUUCCCUUCGACCUCCUGCUGCAGGAGGUACAGAAGUACCCCAAUGCUGAACUAGCCUGGUGCCAGGAAGAGCACAAAAAUCAAGGCUACUACGACUAUGUGAAGCCAAGACUUCGGACCACCAUAAACCGCGCCAAGCCCGUGUGGUAUGCUGGUCGGGACCCAGCAGCAGCUCCAGCCACCGGCAAUAAGAAGACUCACCUCACCGAGCUGCAGCGCCUCCUGGACACGGCCUUCGACCUAGACGCCUUCAAGAACUUCUCGUAGAUGCUGCCUGGGGCUUCUUGGCCCUCUGCCCUCAUCCACGACUGCUCCUCGCUUCUCAACUAAAGAAUCGUGCCUCAGCGCUGCCCACACCUCUGCCGGUCUACUGCACCACACACUCCCCGCGCUUGCUUAGGAAUUAGGCUACUCUUCUCCCCAUGCACUUGACUGCCCCCAGCCAGACACGCUCCAGGCUCUGUGACUUCUGCCAGGCCAGCAGCCUUCUCAGAGGCAGUGGGGAGUGGGAGGAGGAGAUGGAGCCCUGAAGGUGUCCUGGGAGAGUCAGUUCUGCCCCACCUCCAACCCCACCAGCUUCCCCCCACAGGACCAGCCUUGUGUGGCUUCCCCGCAUGUCGGCAGUCCUCACCACCCAUCAUAGGGGCUUUUUGCACCUGGACUAGGGUGGCUUUGUCUUCCUGGGCUGAGCCCUAGAUUCCUCAGAGCAGUCAUCACUGUCAGUCUUUCUGGGGUGCACAGGGCUUUGGCAGGCCCCUGGUGCCCAUUGAACUGAGUGGUGGCUGUCAAGAGACGGCCUUAGCCUGACCUGGCAGAGGUGGCAGGUUCACUCUCUGCAGUGUCCACUUCUGCACCUCAAAAGGAUCCCAGGCCAUGUGUGGGGGCUGUGCAUGAUCCACCCACCUGGGGCCCACCAGGAGUGCUUGCAGGCAGGAAGCACAUGUCCAGGCACCACGGCUGGUAUACCAGCUGCCUGUUUGGGCUCUGCUCUCCCUUCACGUCCACCUCUGCCUCCCUGCCCCGCCCACUCUCCUCUCCUGUUUCCCUUUAGCACCUUGGAGACUAAGCGUUCUCUACCGUGCCAAAGCUAGUGAGAGGGGAGGAGCAUGAGGGGAGCAUGAGGCUGUGGGGCCAGCCCCCACACUUGUCACAGGGAUGGAUCUGAUUUAUUUAUUUUGGUUAAAAAAAAAAGAACGAAAACAACUUUGCAUUGCAUUUGGCUUGACCCAUAAACUAAGUUAUCCGUGG